CGGUGGCCGCCGGCUCCGCCCCCGCCGGGCCCCGCUGCAGGCCCCACCUCCUCAGGCCCCUCCCACCACGGCGCGCGCCGGAGGGGAACACGGAACGAAUCAGGUGCACAUUAAAGAUCCACAACCAUGACUGACUCCAAGUACUUCACAACCAAUAAAAAAGGAGAAAUCUUUGAAUUAAAGGCUGAACUCAACAAUGAAAAGAAAGAAAAGAGGAAGGAGGCUGUGAAGAAAGUGAUUGCUGCUAUGACUGUGGGGAAAGAUGUUAGCUCUCUCUUUCCAGAUGUAGUGAAGUGUAUGCAGACUGACAACCUGGGACUAAAGAAGCUCGUGUAUCUCUACUUGAUGAACUAUGCCAAGAGUCAGCCAGACAUGGCCAUCAUGGCUGUCAACAGCUUUGUGAAGGUGGUGGCUAAUGCUGUAGCAGCAUUAUCUGAAAUCAGUGAAUCUCACCCAAACAGCAACUUACUCGAUCUGAAUCCACAGAACAUUAAUAAGCUACUGACAGCCCUGAAUGAGUGUACCGAGCGGGGCCAGAUUUUCAUCCUGGACUGCCUGUCUAAUUACAACCCUAAAGAUGACCGGGAGGCUCAGAGUAUCUGUGAGCGGGUAACUCCUCGGCUAUCUCACGCCAACUCAGCAGUGGUGCUUUCAGCAGUAAAAGUCCUAAUGAAAUUUCUAGAGUUGUUACCCAAGGACUCUGACUACUACAAUAUGCUGCUGAAGAAGUUGGCCCCUCCACUUGUCACAUUGCUGUCUGGGGAGCCAGAGGUGCAGUAUGUCGCCCUGAGGAACAUCAACCUAAUCGUCCAGAAAAGGCCUGAAAUCUUGAAGCAGGAGAUCAAAGUUUUCUUUGUGAAGUACAAUGAUCCCAUCUAUGUGAAACUAGAGAAAUUGGACAUCAUGAUUCGUUUGGCAUCCCAAGCCAACGUUGCUCAGGUUCUGGCAGAACUGAAGGAAUAUGCCAUAGAGGUGGAUGUCAACUUCGUGCGCAAAGCUGGGCGGGCCAUUGGACGGUGUGCCAUCAAGGUGGAGCAAUCUGCAGAGCGCUGUGUAAGCACAUUGCUUGAUCUCGUCCAAACCAAAGUAAAUUAUGUGGUCCAAGAGGCGAUUGAUAUCUUCCGCAAAUAUCCCAAAUAUGAAAGUAUCAUUGCCACUUUGUGUGAGAACUUAGACUCACUGGAUGAGCCAGAUGCUCCAGCAGCUAUGAUUUGGAUUGUGGGAGAAUAUGCUGAAAGAAUUGACAAUGCAGAUGAGUUAUUAGAGAGGUUCCUGGAAGGUUUUCAUGAUGAAAGCACCCAGGUACAGCUCACUCUGCUUACUGCCAUAGUGAAGCUGUUUCUCAAGAAACCAUCAGAAAUGCAGGAGCUGGUACAGCAGGUCUUGAGUUUGGCAACACAGGAUUCUGAUAAUCCUGACCUUCAAGACCGGGGCUCUAUUAAUUGGCGCCUUCUCUCAACUGAUCCUGUCACAGCCAAAGAAGUAGUCUUGUCUGAGAAGCCACUGAUCUCUGAGGAGACAGAUCUUAUUGAGCCAACUCUGUUGGAUGAGCUCAUCUGCCACAUUGGUUAUUUGGCCUCAGUGUAUCAUCAGCCGCCCAAUGCUUUUGUGGAAGGAAGUCAUGGAAUCCAUCGCAAACACUUGCCAGUACAUCAUGGGAGCUCAUCAGUCUCCACCACAGGGCAAUUCCAGUCCCUGCCUCCUGGUCUCUGUUCUCCUCUGAACCGUGCUAGGGGCUGUCACCUACCCGGCGUGACACCAUUACCCUGCACAGUUGGUAGCCUCACUAUUCUCAUUCUAGAGGUGAGGACACUGAAGUUCAGAGACAUCCAGUGA